UUGCUAUAUAUAGGUAAUUUCCUGCGUUGUUUAAAUUCCUGUCCCAGCCAUGCCGUCGACAAGAAACGAGGAAGAAAAUUACUACUGCUUUCUAAAAAUUAUGAAUGUUGCUGUGUGUGAUGGUCUCCGGGAAAUAUUCAAACAGGAAUGGGACAAACAGUAUGGCACAACAAGAAGCGUGUGGGAUGAUACUUGUAUAUCUGGUAAUGCGUUGUAUAACAUGGAGAAACCAAGGUUGCGUGCUAAAGCAUACCUAAAUUUGUAUCAAUCUGGGGAAAGAAGUGGAUGGGAUAUCUCUGCUUUGGCAGAUGCCAUUUUGUUUUCUAAUGCACUUAGGAUGCAUUUGGCACCACAUGUUUCGAACAACGUCGAUGAAUUGAGAGUCCUCCGAAAUCAUCUUAAUCAUAAAUUUGCAUCGCAACAUAAAAUGCCCGAUGCUGCUUUUAACAAUGCUUACAAGAAAGUUAACAAUUGUUUCAAAGCGUUAAAGUUAUCUACAGUAAAUGUUGAAAAAAUUAGAAAUUCUUCAAGGGGGAAUUACCAUGCCAUUCAUUUAAGGAAGAUCAUCUGCAUUUCCUUGACAAUUUUAAUUGGUGUAGUCUGUUAUUUGGUUGCAAAUACGUCCGAAGCAAAAACAAUUUUCAGCGUCCUUCCAACCAGACCAGUUCACUUAGUUGCCAACCGAAGUCGAACUGUUGAUGCAAUUCUCAAAGAAUUGCACAAUCUAUCUAUCAGAAAUAAUCGUGCGUUGUCCUAUUUGUACAUCUCUGGCAAUCCUGGAAGUGGCAAAUCUCAGCUUGCUAGGUUAGUUGGUCAGCGUUAUGGUACAAAUGUUCCAGUAGGUUGGUUUCGUUCCAGUACGAAGGUUUUUGUCAUGACACUAAGUGGAAGAUCAUUACAUGAUAUCUUGGAAUCGUAUGCUGAUUUCGCGCGUCGCGUGGAUUGCAAUGAAAAUAACAUAGCAAGCAUCAUAAACUCAAACAAAACAAAUACAACAACGAAAAUAAAAAGUCUUAGAACAGAAAUUGCUAAAGCGUUGAGGGAUUUCGAAAGCAAAUACACCUGGUUGUUAAUUGUCGAUAAUGUGAUUAAGCUGAAUGAAAUAUCUGCAUUUUUUCCUGAAGAUUGGCAAGGCGGCCAGGUGUUAAUUACCACACAAGACAUGUCAUCUGUGCCAUCAAACAGUUCCUUGACUGUCCAUCUUUCAGUCAGCCAAGGUAUGGAUCCAGAAGAAUCAUGUGAGUUUCUUACAGAUCUAUCUGGGCUUGCUGAAAAUCAAGAUUUAGUAGGCAACGUUGCAAAAGAAUUGGAUUAUCAACCUCUUGCCUUGGCCUCUGCCGGAUUUUACGUCAAGCAAGUUCGAGAAAGCAAAGCAUCGCCACAGUUUACUUGGAAGGAUUAUUUAAAAAAACUAGAUGAAGGAAAGCGGGAGCUAACUGAGAUGAAACUAACGAAAGUAAAUAUGCCAGCGUAUUCGUUGACCAUGUCGACAGCUGUUCUUUUGGCCGUCAAGAUGUCUGCAGAAAGCGAUCCAGUUCUGAAACACACGUUUACGUUUCUUUCCUAUGUUUCCAAUGAAGCUCAGUCACUAAAAGUUGUCGUCAGCUAUGUUCUUCGUGUUGAUAAAGAAAAAGAUAGAGAGGAUGUGGCGCUUACAAUACGACAAUGUUCUUUGAUCCUUCAUUCAGACGAACAAAAAGUCGUUUCAAUUUCACUGCAUCGUGUCGUACACGACAGUAUCCAGUUGUAUAUUAUCCAUGGUGCUAAUGGGAACGCUAAAUCGCGUGUACCGUUAUACGUCUUUCAAUCGCUUCUCCAACAAAAAUGUGCACUUGGCGAAAUUGCUCUAAUUCCUCAUCUAAAAGCAUUUUAUGCAAGAACAAAGAACAUUUCUUCAGAAGUGAUGGUGCUGAGUUCAAUGAAAAUUAAAAUGAAACAGAGAAUGCAAAAACAGAUUUUUGAUAUGACUUCAGUUCUGAUUCAACAUGGGGAAUUUUUAUUAUCAAAGAACUAUCUAAAUUUAGCUUUGAAAAUGACAGCGAACGGAGACAAUAAAGGUAAUGGUGACCUUAAAGAGAGUUUACACGUCUUAUUUCCAAAAAUUGGCGAGAUCUACAACAACCUAGGUACUGUAGAAAAUGUCCUGGGAAACACCAAGCAAGCAAGAAAAUAUUUGAAAGAGGCUCUCAAAAUAUUAUUGAUACAACAUGGGCCCUCUCAUAAAAGUGUUUCAACAUGUUUGACCAAUCUCGCGAAUCUUCCCCACUCUAGCCCGGAAGAGUGUGAUAAAAAUGUAAUGUACUCCGAACUAGCGCUUGACAUAGAUGACAGUUUAGAAACCAAGGCCAUACACUACAGCAAUCUUGGAAGAAAACACUAUGCUGAAGGUAAAUUGGAUCAAGCUGUAAAAGAUUACUUACGAGCCUAUGAGAUUUUUUUAAAAACAUUGCAUGUACCAGGCACCAACCUUAAACUCGCCCUUAUGCGGUUGGCGUUACUGGACUCGAACUUCGGAGCAAUAUUUUAUCUUAAAAGGAACUAUGGUCUCAGUCGAAAAUAUUUAACGUUAUCUGUCGAUAUAUUUCGAAAAAUGACAGCAACAAAUCACCUUAAUCUUGCUAAUUCAUAUUACAAUUUGGGUCUUGUUCAUUAUGAAUUAAAUGACCUACCAGAUGCCGAGGUUUGUUUUAGACGUGCCCUUGAAAUCUACUCAAAACAAUUGCAAUCUUCUGAUAAGAGGAUGGCCAGAGCUUCACAAAAUCUUGCACGUGUACUCGAAGAAACAGGUCAGCUACACGAAGCAAAGAUGUUAGAUAAACAAUAUGGACGAACAUGUCGUAGGCAGAAACUGGCUGGUACCCUAUCGACUUAAAAUUUACUCUAAAAUUUGGUUUGGUUUUGCAAUAAAAUCAAUUAAUUCAUAUGGUCAGAAAGAUUUGUAUAACGUUUCUUAUAAGUUAUCAUUAAUUGUAUUUUGCGGUUUCAUAUUAAUUAACCUAGGUCCUAGCUAUAUUUGUUUGCUCUAACCGUAUUGCUUGAUUCCUAUGCAUGCAAGUCGGAUGUUCAAGGUGUGCAUGUGCUAAAUGUGCAGAUUAAUCAUAUAUCAAAUUAUUUAUAAAGUCAAACAUCGAUUAAAUAUGUUAACUGAAUGUAUUGUAGAAUUUUUACACAAGUGAAUAAUUAUAAGCAAUUCGACGUGGUGAUUGGUAAAAUUUGACGUGAUAUUCCCUUUUAGUAUUUUUGCACAAGUGAACAUGAUGAAUCCUACGUACCUUCAUUGGUCAAAUUUGACGUAAUAAUAAUUUGGCGUAAUAAUUUUUGCGGAAGUUUACUGAAAAGAAAUAAGCGAACUUAAAAUAAAUUCAGUCUCAAAAAACACUAAAGCUUAUGUAAAAAUACUAAAACAAUUAUUCGCCUCAGGCUCGGUAAUUAUCGGGGAUUAUUAUAUAUCAAUAGUCAAAGUCGCAUUUUUCUAGUGUUUUAUUGGUUGAGAGCAUAUCACGUCUCCCUCGCAACAGCGCGAGAGGGUGAUAAUACGUUAUCGACCGGCGAAUAACAAAAAAAAUCACGUGCGCCAUCACGUGAAGAUGCGACCUUUGGACAUGCCUAGUAC